UAAGCUUUUAAUGGGAGUAGUUCUCAUAAAUAGUUAACAGCAUUAUCUGGGUUUUCUGAAAUAUUGCUGUUCAUUGUUGAAAGGGCCUGUUUGGCAUAAGCAAUUCUUAUCAGCAUACAUCACAUAAUUAGUUAUUGGUCCCCUGUAGUUAUAUGGAGAGGAUCUUUUGUUUAGCAAGGUUUAUAGCCUAAGGGGCUGUUGGAAUUUGACACCAUAUGAAUACUUGUGAGGGGUAGUUGCUUGCACAAACUAAGCUCUGCACAUGUGGUAUUGAUCAUUCUAGAAGAGUGGCUCCAUAUAAAUCACAGGCAGUGUAGGUAGUGACCAAGAGGACUAUUUACAGAGAAAGCAGUCCUUUGUGUGGAUAUAUUGACUCAGUACAAAGUUUUGCCAGGACAUGGAUUUUUAUAGCCUCUUGAAUUAGGGUUUGAACACAGGAUGGGAUGAGGCCUUACCUGCACUGGAGUAGAUGUACCCAAGAGUGAAUGAACAUGCCUUACCAAGUGAAAGCAGAACCUCCAGCAGAUAUUCUAAAUGCCCCACAAUAUGCAGUUUCCCAGCAAUCUUCUCAUCCUGGAACUGCAAGUCAAGCAUUGGCACACCAGGCAAUGGUCAACCAGUUAGGACAGGCAAACCACCCACACAACCAACCUGUAUCACAGAAUUCUCAAGUGCAACAGCCGCAGGCUACUGCUAACUCUAAACCACAGCAGACAGCAGCAAUUGAUGAAAACCAGAUAGACUAUGCAAGUGCUUGUGGUUUGUUUGGUUGGGAAACUAUUGAUGGAGUUAGCAUUCCAUACUUAUUAAGGCAAAAUAAAAAAUUUGUUGCUGUUCGUGUUGUAGAGAUGAAACUCUUGUCUAAGUUUCCAAAUGUGUACCCGGAUGAAUUAACAAAAAGGCCUCCGUUGAUGAGUUAUUACAUUACACCCAAUGAAGCAAAGCUGAUGAUUGAGAUCAAUGUGGAACAUUGUGCAUAUGAAUAUGGCCCAGCUCCAUUCACAACAAAAGAUCUUGUUGUUAAAGUGUCUGAAUUCAAUGAGUUUUAUGAGCUAGUAAAAGGUUCUUUCUCAGAAAGUGAAUUGGAUAAAUGGAGAAAUGGCAUGAUGACAGGAGCUAAGCCAGGAUUAGGAGGAUGGAUCCAAAUGAACAACACUGUUGUACCUUUUGUGUGUAGAGCUGGACUCAAGUAUGUGCCUCUGUCUGUCAUCAAAUAUGCUGCCAACUUGCUCAAUAAUGUUGACUUGAAAUACAACACGCAUGACCCAAUGGAUUAUGAAUGUGAAUUCAUGAACUCGGCAUGCAAGAAAGCUGGACUGAAUUUUCAAUUUGCAAAGGAGAGGACAAAGUUGGUGAGAUUGAGCCUUGUUGAAGCUUUGGCAAAACCGAAAGUUCAGCCCCUUCCACCAGAUAACCCAUUUAGUCAUGCAAAGUACACAGAACCUCCUAGAUCCACGCUGCCACAUCAGCCAGUUGUGCAACGCCCCCAACCAACAAGUCAACAGAUGUCCACAAAUUUGUCUGGAACACCAAGUGUGAAUAGUCAGUAUAUGCAAACAAUCUCUUCGGGGGUUGCCUUUCUACCUGGUUCUACAUCUACAAAUCAAAUUGUUUCUCCUCACAGAACUUCUACUGUAUCAUCCGUAUCAUCUAACAGUCAGCAAAUGCCUCUGAAGUCACCCUCACAGGCUGCAUUCCAAGGACCAGCUUAUCAACACCCAGGAAAAAAUCAGCAGAACACCAGACCUCAGAUACCCACCAUAACAAAGGCCCCAAGUGUUCCUCAGAACCUACAGCAAGCAGGAGGACCUUCCAGGGCAAUUUCGUCACAGAUUGGCUCUUUUCAAAAACCAUCACAGGUCAGCAAUGCACAAAACACUGUCCAGUCAGCUAGAGGACCUCCAAACAGGACUGCACCACCGAGCACAGUAACUACAACAGUUGCAAGUAUUAUGGGAAUGGGUAACCAGCAGUAUCCAAUACAGACAACUGUUGGAGCAGCAAGCAUGAUGCAAUACCCUGCUACAGGAUUUAUGGGCUUCCCAGGGAUGGUGCCAUUCAUGCAACAACAAGUAAGACCUGGAAUGUUUCCAAUAUUUGGAAGUUUUCCAUUUUUCCCAGGAUUACCACCUCCACCACCAUAUAGUCAAAGUCAGAAUCGCCCUUCUGCAGCUUCUGGGAGGCCAACUACUACCACUGCAUCUAGGCAGGUGAACCCUCAAAAUUAUCCAUAUGCUUCAGGAGCUCCAAACCCAGUCUGCAAAACUCCAUCAGCACCUUCAGCCUAUACUGCAACCUCGAAGCAAUAUGGCAGUGUUCCAAAUACAAUCUCUACUGGUCAUCAUCCACCACAUGGACAGUACAUAUCAGGAAGUCCAUCAAAUCCACUUCCAGAAUCUAUGAGAAACUUGGUUCAGAAAUCGGAUAAUUCAUUUCCAGUGACUCCAGCACAGGUUACAGUAAAUGGUGUCAAUAGUAGCAGACCACAACCAAGUAUUGUAACAAACAGGCAACCAUCCACCUCUGGCCACAAAGUAUCAAUGGUAAAUGUGGGUGGUAGGAAUGUUCCUUGUCUGGUAAUGGCAGGCAGUGGAGAGAAAUAUAUCUUACUGCAAGAGAUUGCUGCUAGAUUUUUAAGAGGUUGUUCCAUCGAGGAAUUUCAGUUUGUUUUAGAGAAUGUUCUUGAAGUCGGCAUCACCCAGUGCUCCAGUGAAAUGGGAAAAGAAUUCAUGCAAAUGUGCAUGCAACCUGAACCAUUUUCAAAUUCAAGUAUGAUCAAAUUUUCUGAUUUUAAAACGUUUUUACCACAACUCAAGUAUAUUUUGAAAAAUAAGAUGGUAGUUGAUGAAGAUAAUAGUGAAAACGUAAACCAGCAAACAUCUCCUAGAAUACAGCCUAGGGCAGUUGGGAUGGAAAAUACCAUGAACCAUGAUACACAGGUGAUGGGCAAUAAACGCCCGGCUUCAGAAAGUCUUCAAGGUCCUCCUGCUAAAAAAGGCAAAGGAUCAUUGGACAAUGCAAUUAACAAACUCCUACAACAGAAAGAUGGUCUUGAAAAAGUUCCUGGACCAAUUAGAUAUACUACUACAAAUAAAGAGUGUUCGAUCCAAAUGAUUGAGCGACAGAGGGGAGAUGAAGCUAUUGUCCCACAGGCACACACACCAAGUCCUUCACCAGCAGUUUAUAAUAAUAAUACAACAGGAAAAAAUGGCACACAUCAAAAGGACACUGAGCAUCCUGUAGUUAUUUGCCUAGAUUAAGACUUGUGUUGUUUUUUGUAAAGGAAGUGUGGUAUAUCUAUCAAAUCUGAAGCCACUUUAUUAUAUGUACAUGUAAACUUCAUGAGUUUGGUUCCAUAUUGCUGAACAAUCAAUCACAAAUAUGUUAAACUCGUACUUUGCUCUCCAUUGUCGAACCAAAAAAUGAUUUUAAAUGUUUUUUCCAUGUUAUCCUUUUUUAAAACAAACUUUACUUUUUGUAUGUAAAUAAAAUUAAGUCUGUAAGUACAUCACUGACAUUUAUUAGGUUAGUCUUGUGAAAUAUAUGCUGCCAUGAGUCAUGCUAGGGGAUGGUGGAAAGAACAGCCAGCAGUCGGUUUACACAGGAAGGUGUUUAGUUUUAGGGCAUUUAUUUAUAUAUUAUAUAAAAUACUUUAAUAUUUAUGUAGUUUCCAUACUGAAAGAAAGGGUAAGUUUCUAAAGAGAUGUCUUUGAUGAAGUUGCUCCAUUUCUGAACUGAUGUUUUUUAUUUCAUUUUAUUAUUUUUUUUUUUACAAAAAUGUUUUGGUCACUUUUUGUAAUUUAAUUAUUUUCUCCUUCGUGGUUUUGCUAUCUCCCAUUUUGUUAUGCAAUAUAUAUAUAUAUAUCAAAAGGGAAGGUCAUAAGUUACACAGGUAAAUGUCACUACAAUUCAUUACAAGCAAAACAAAUAAAGGUGAAUCUCGGAUUUUCUUUUUCAUGGCCAGUAUGAUUUCUUUAUACAUACUUUAUUCUUCAAAUGUAAUUUCAAAGCAUACAAUAAACAGUAAACCAUUUCAA